AUGCGGCGUGUGCCCAGUGAUUCGGAGACGGCCGCGCGAUGUAAUGGCAACUCGAUUCACUCCAUUCUCAAGGAAACACAUCGGAUCCCAUCGGUAAAACAAAUAAACAAUCUUUUUCAUCCAUUCCGAAGGCCCAAUGUUCAAACAAAUUGUUUUACAAACACCUUUUGGAGAUUGAAAAAUUUGCAGAAAUCAAAAAAAAUUAUUUAAAUUUUUUAGAUAUCCGAAAGCUCGCGGAAUCGGCAUUUGAGUAACGAAAGUUGCGGAUCCAUCAAGGGAGUCACGUUUGACAAGAGUUGUAAGUUUCUGUUUUACAGUUUUCGCUUCUAAUUCUCACUAUUUUCCAAUCAAACCAAGAAUUAAAAACUUUUCAAAUUGCAAUCAUUUGACGUUCUUUGAAUUCCAUUCAUAUCUUUGUUUGUGUAACAAUUGAUUCGAUUAUAAUAGGCAUAGGCAGCGCCAGUGAUAAUUGUUUUUAUGGCCAGAAAUUAUGUUUUGGAGGUUGGCUAGUGUAAUAAGUAAGCUGUGUUUGUUUCCUUUGUUUUUUUUUUUUUUGAUUACGGUACUUUCUACAACGAAAAAUCGAUAAACAUGAAAUGAAAAAAGAGUUUUCUGUAAAAAAGUUCCAAAAAAUCGUCACCACGGCAUAUUUUUUUGAAAAAGAGUAAAAUAUUUUUAUCGGUCACUUUGUUUAAUCCAAUUUUCAGAGAAAAAUUACCAAAAAAUAGCAUUAAUGAUGUCAUGAUGACAUAUUUUCUGGCAAUUGCCCAAAUUCCGAGUAGCUGAGCCCUCCCCAGGACCACCUGCUUUAUUAUUUAUCCUUGCUUGUACUCAUUUCCCCAUCUUUUCUCCAUUUUUAUGAGUGCUUUGUUAUGAUCCCGGCUCUUUCAGUGCCAACGAAUGCGUUUCGAAACGAUCGCGAUGUCUCGAGCCAAUCAUUACGAAACCGGCGGACGUCAUUACCGGUGAACACCAGCCUCCAUCCCCGUCUACGUGACCAGGUGAGAUCGUUUUCGACGAUCGUUUCCGCUAGCCAAAAACCUUUAAAAAUUUCGUCUCAUUAAAAUUAAUUCCGGUAAUUAAUAAUGAUCGGAGCGGAAAUGGGACGUUCGUCGACGACUUUUUAUACAUUUGGGAUAUUUUUUCACACAUUCCUGUUCAGAUUCCAGACAGAAAAGUCAGCGAGAGAAGUGGGGAAGGAACGUGAAGAAGGUUAAGGAUGGUGCACUUUGCGAAAGUUUGCUUUUCUUGUUACGGCGAAUUUUUUAGCGCUUUUGCUUUGAAAGAUCUUGACUCAGAUAAGAUUUUGAACUUUCUAAGAAUUCCCCGACAUUUUUGACAUGCGUUUUGCAGAAACGAGUGAGAUUUUUGCCUGCCUGACUCUCCUCAUUUUACGUCGCCAAAGUGAUUUUUGUCUUGGUUCCCGUUGCUCAUUUGAGCUGAUCUUUUGAGACGUUGAUUUGUAGUCCACUUGGAGUUAAGUUGCCAAAUUUUAAGAAAAUCGAACAUUCAGAUGUUGGGUACUUGAUCUGCUAUGAUGAUUUAGUCAAGAUUUAAAAUAUGUUUUACAUAUUGUAAUGUUUUUCCAAAAUUUUCAGAGCACUUGAAUUAAUUUUUAUUUAAAAUCGGCAUUUUUUAGGGCAACGUUUCGGAAGCCCGCGGUCUGAUUAUGGAUAUGCUCCAGAAUCGGGAUUUACAGCCUCAGGUCAUAAGUUGUUUGAGGGCUGUUGCGUCACUGCUGACUCCACAAAUGGUGAGUAAUUUUGGAUUAUAUUGCAUUAGGCUUUACAAUAUUUUUAUUUACAUUAUUUUUUGAGUCAUAUUUGUUCUUCUUUUGAAGCGUUUUUAGAUGCCAAAAAUCGCGAGAUCACAAAUCUCAAAAUUUUUGCAAAAAAGUUCGGAAUAUUUCCGGCGAAUUAAUUUUAAUCGCAUUUUGUUUUAUAGUAGUCUGCACAGUAAUCAGAAGGGCAUUCCCAUCACAUUGCUCCCUAGCGUCUUGUUUUUUGUCCAUUUCUUACGAAUUUUUGAAUUCAAGUUCCAAAAAAAAGUUUUGUUUUGCAGAGUGUGCAAAACGGGAACUUCAUGGACUUCCUGCCCAAGGUGGUGGAGAACCCCUAUUCCGGUGAGCAGCUUAUGGUCUCCUCGGUGAGUUUCGUAUCUUAUAUUAGACUCGCCUUCCUUCCGUCGAGAGUCAGAGUUAAUCCUCUAGGAUUUCCUUGGCCCGUCUUCUGCAAAGUCAUAAGAGAGGCGGACUUCCAAAUAUGGUUCUUUAUGUAAUUGGAAAAUAAUUCUGUUGGGGCUAAGUAUAGUCAUUGCAAUUGGGAAAGCAAAUUUUAUAAUUGCAUUGACGGCCGAGAAAAAUUUUUGAAAAUAUCCGAUAGAUCAUGGAAAAUAAUGAUGAUGGCCAGAAACUGGAACGGAAGAGCUCUCUCAGAGCUGCUCUCCCAGUUUCCCAUUGUCUUAACGUUUUGAAUAUUUCGGCGGUUAUUGCGAAGCAAAUAUCCGGAACUUGUCAGAAUCGUAAAAAUAACAAAUUGGAAAUCUCUCCUUGGGAUUCCGAAACCCGGAGUAAACAACCGAUAGUCUAAGGUUGUUUACUGAUGGCCGUGUGUUUACCCAUCGUAUCUCACACACAUCCAUGUUACUCUCUUUCAUUUACAUAACAAACUUGCCCUCCGAUUUGCUCCCAAACUCAUUUCUUUGGCGCCUUUGCGGGAAAUUGCGGCAAAACCGCCUCGAGGCUUGGGGUUCGAAGUCUUGGCCACACUCUCCGAGUUCCGGCCACAACUCUUUUAUUUGUUUUCCCGCCGGUUUCCACAAAUUGAAACGGAGAUUAGGGGAAUUGCGUGUGCUCGAUUACCUGUGCGCAAGUGUCGCCAUUUCCCGGGCCCCGAGGGCAUUCGCGAAAAGGCAUUGGUUUUGCCUUUUCGUGGAUUAUUCCGUUCCUUCCGCCGCCGAUUAUUAACUGGGAUUUGAGGGCCGGGGCGAGGGUGAAGUCCUUUUUUUGCGUUUUUCGGGCGCCGAGAUUCAACACCUGGCCACUUUAUUUACUUUUUUUGUUAUUUAAUAAUGACGGGUCAGGCCCUCUCGGAACCCCAGUGUUUUGUAACAAAUCUUGGCUCAGGGAUGUCAUCCAUUUGAGCCCGGAUCCAGUCGGCCCCAUCGGUUAUGAGCGCCGCCAAUCCGACUGCAUAAUAUUGUUGUUUUCGCUGGCCUAACCCCCUCCUCCUGCUGCUAAUCCCAAGUUCGUGUACUCUCUUCGCUCGCUUUUUUCGUGACUCUUUAUAUUGAGAAUAUGUAAUCAAUUAUUGGUCAUAGAUGCAUUAAUUAGCUUUAUGGCCAAGUAACUUUAUGGACAAACCUAAGGCGAGUACGUCGUCGGUCCGCUUCGCGCCCUUCAGCCAGACGGCCAUUGCACGGCUAGCCACCCAAUUGGCGCGCUCCUGCUCCGAUCUGGAAGUGCAGAAUGUCGAUGAACAGCGAAGACGGCACCGAGGCUCGAUCUGCUCUUCGACCAGCGACGAUCGUCUGGCCCAAGCGGUCACCCAGGCCGGCUCUCGGCGUCCGCUGGCCAAGGAACGACCGCAACAAUCGAGCAUGUCGUCGCGCGGCAGUAAUUCCUCGCAUUACGCGCACAGCUCGGCCUCCUCGUCGUUGGCGGGGAUCGGAGGCCGGGAGCUGCAGUUGGUGAGCCAAUGCCGUGCCUGCGGCCAGGACUAUCGUUGCACCUGCUGUGCCAAAUGCUCUCACUUGAUGAUCGUGUACACGCCGGUAGGUGUGAGGUGACAAUGGCCUCGGUUAAUGUCUUUGGCGAGUCUCCUUUUGCGGCCCAAGAAAGGAGUGGGGCCCCCCAAUCCGCUUUUCUCUCCGCUGGGCCCGUUUUUUGAUGGCACGGCUGCCGCGUUCCCGAUGAUAACAUUCUCUUCCGUUUCCACUGGUAAUCUGCUGAUGAUUAUGGGAAUUUGGAUUUAGGGCCGCGGGUCAGAGAAUUCUAACGGCAAUGGCUGGGGAUGAAAGUAAAAGUAGAGGUAACGGGGCAUCGGAGAGGAGUUAAUUUUACGAGUUGUUUGGCCAAUGUUUGGUUUGAGACUGGCCAAGAACUCCACUCAAUUAUUGGCCUGUAAUUGUCCGCUUAAAUUAUAGGCCCUCGGGCUUCGUUUAUGACUCGAUUAAAAGACAUGACAUUUUUUUUAUUUCUCUCUUCUUUUGUGCCCUUUCAUCGCUGAAUUCUUAAACAGCUCCGACGAAAACACGAUUCUUGGCCCGUUACAGUAAUAAGGGCCGUUCUCCGUGCCGCACAUUUAAUUUCGUGCUCGAUUAACGGUUGUGUUUAGCGCCCUUAAAUGGACAAUGUGAUUAGAAAGCAGAGUGCACCGAUUCACGGGUGUUAUUGUCUCGGGCCAUGCCGUCAACGCACCAUGCAAUUGGAUUGUUGUGUUGGGUUCCUGCGAAAACAAUCUCGGGUCCAUGUAAGAUCGGCUAGGAAAUGUGAUUAUUGUAUUUCGUGGCUCGCCAAACCUAGUUAUCAAUGAACUCUUCCAGUGCUGGGGUUGAAACACUUUUUUGUCGUUUUUUGAAUAUAUGUAAUGUAUCAAAUUUAAAGGCUAAUUUCACAAAGUACGGUGAAUGUAUUCUCUUCAAAUUUCGACUAAAUAUUUUGUCUAUGUAUGUCACAAAUCAUUCUGUGAAAAUCUUAGCACGCGCUUUGCACAGACAGACGAAAUAUUCAACUUUUUUAGUGGAACCGUGGAAAAUUAGAGUCGGGUAUAAAAAAAUUGUUUUUGCGAUAACUCCGUAAGGUUUUCGUAGAAAAGAAUUUUUUUUGAUGGAAAUAUUAUAGUCUACGAUGACAAGCUGCAAUGUUUUUUCAUUUACUGCAAAAAAUGCCGAGCUCUCAAGCUUUCAGCCGUCAUUUGGGUAAAACGCAAGCUAAAAAUCUCUUUUGUUUUUGAGGAAAGUUACAGUCUGUGAAAAAUAUGGGCAUUCUGAGCACGUCCACUUUUGGCCGGAACCACUUUCCUUCAAAACAAUUUGUAUUAACUUCAUAACAAGAAACCGCUUCCGUCCAAUCGUUCUCCAUUAAGUGCAUGACGUCAUUCUCCCACCCCCUCUCCUCUCUCCCGCCAAAUCUCACCGAAUUUGAACCAUAAUUUCCUGGGGGCCGGAUGGAGAAAAAAAAACAACUUAACAUUUUUGUGGGCCUGAGAGCGGCCGAAAGCUGACUCCCGUGUUACGCAAAGGAAGGGGAAAACUUUUCCUCGAAUCCGCUUUUGGCGUUCGCUUUAUCGCCGUAUUCCUGUGGGGGUUUUGUCUGUGAUACGUAUCUCCUUUCUAAUAUUAUACUUGUCCGGGCCAGGGGAUUAAUCGAGCCACAUUUUCAUCACUCGUCAUUCUUUGGUUUGCUUUAAUUACUCACCCAAAUUGAUGAUCUCAAUGAUCCGGCCGGCUUUGUCGACGGGCCGCUUGAUUGGCGGAUAUGGUGUUAGCGGGCUGUUUUUUGUUUUCUGCCCGACAAUUUAGCCUUUUUUGUUUGUUCUGGAAAUUGGGUUAGAGCUCGUUCCGCGUCUUCGGGCCGGCCUCGCCUCGCGGCCGAAUGCCCGAUGAUCUUUUAUUCAUUGUCUGUUUACACCUGCCAUGUCCGAGGUUGUGCGAAAACGCCUGUAUCGCUAUUUCCGGCGCCGCGAACGGGUAAGCGAAGGGAAGGAAACUUUUUGGCGGCCGAAAAAUUGGUUGGGCCGUCUAUUAUUUUAUUGGCCGCCUUCUGGUGGGCUAUAAGUCAUAUCUAGUCAAAUUUCUCUCUCUCGCCGUCUUUUUUGAGGCUCUAAUCAAUUGCAAAUUUCUGCGCAUUUAUCGGCCGCGUUUCGGCCGAAAUCUGCGAGAUAUAAAAAGUGACGUUGUUCACAUUAUUAAAUUCCAUUUUCUGCAACGACUUUCGGAUUUUAUAUUUCAAAGAAAUAUAUUAUAUUUUGAAAUGUUAAGUGAUUAGUGGCCAAUUGGACCAAUAUUCUUAAUACCCUCCGGCAUCCCCGUUUUGGAGGAUAAAACAUGACAUACCGAGUUAGCGUCAUUUUUGCAUAAUUAUGAAACCAUAAAGAGUAUAAUUUUUAAAACAGUUCGUUUUACGUCCUUCGCCCCAUCUUCCCAAAAAAAAACGCAAACACGGAAUGGAAUGACUCUCUUUUUUCUCUUCAUGACGUCACUCGAGGAGCUCUGUACCCGAAUGUCCCGAGCAAGAUCUCGGUCUUUUAUCCGACGGGAAUGGGGACUGGUCAGUGCAGGUGACGACACCACCACUCGGUUUGACCCUCAGGGGCCGUUCUCCUCCCUUUCAAGCGAUUAGGGUUUUGGGUGUUGGGAUUAGAGAAUAAUACAAAGAUUUCGAUGUUUCCACUUUUACGAAACUUGGGGAUAACUGUAAUCCGACUUUUUUUUUCUAAUUUUAGUUUUUGGUAAAAAAUUGUGAGUUUAUUCAAGUAUGUUUUUGGAUGAAAAAUAAAAAAAUUGUAGGCAAAGACUUUUCGGCCCUCCUCACUUUCCCUUCUCUCUCAUCAAAAAGAUCAUUGAAUAUUUUGGCCAAAUUUUCAUAAUUGAAUCAUUUGUUGUCAAUUUAAAGUUUGCAUGUUAAAUUUUGAGGAAACAUGAGCUCCAGAUUUUGUACUCUGAAGCGUAUGGUUUGGGAUUAGGGAUUAAGGUAAACAAAUGGCGAUUCCAUGUGACCUUCUCCCCCCUCAAGCACAGCCUGUACCCCAUUCCAAUCAUGUCCAGUCUUCCAGACGUCAUAAUCGCAUUCCUCGAACCGCGGCGGAGAGCCAUAAUUUUGGAAGAGUUGUUCUCUUAUCACCUUUUUAUCACGGCUGAGAAUCAUUGGCUGGGAAGGGAAUCUGCCCGUUUGCGACGUGAAAAUGCGUCGCUCUUUUCACGAAUAUUCCCGUUUCGAUCCACUGGCCGCGGUUUCGAUCGAAUUUUCGGACCAAAGAUCUGGCGGAAGGGCAUCGGAAGUGGGGAUAAGGAGGACGUUCUGAGGGGAUUUGGGCCGAGAAACCAAUCGUUUAAUGCCCUGAGGUUGUCAUAACGCGCUUUUGGCGUAUUGUAAAAGCGGAUUAUCGUAAUCGGGAGAAGCUCUACCAUUUCGUUUUCCCUCUCUUUACAUGACCGUUCUCCCCUCUUCUUCUCGGAUCGUUAUGCAUCCAAAAAGUCGCUUGUUUCAUAUUCGAAUUAAACACUUUCAUCGAAUGCCCUCGGGCCUUUUUUUGGCGAACUUGUUGAGAAGUCGUCUUUGAUUUUUUCGGUCUUAUCCGAGGGGUCAGGGUGGGGGUUCUCGGCUGUUUUCGGUCCGGUGGAUCCAUAAGAAUUGCGUUUUCUUUUGGGCCCCAAAUUUGGACCGCGUUCCGAUACCUUUUCGGGGCCUUUCUGUUGUUUUAGUCUGUUCUUGGGGACUUUCCCGCCGGCAAAAUUGGCUGAUGGAUCUUUUGGCUCUCGACGGAAAAUUUUAUAAAAACUAAUCCCACUAACCGCCGCUGUUUUUUGCAGGCCUCGAAGCCGCGCGUGUCCAAUAUUACGUUCUCGACGGUGACAAGUGCUACGGGGCUCCCAACCAUUGCUGCCGAACCAUCUCGACCACGUUCCAGCAAGUCAGUUUUUGAAAUUUUUUAUUAUAAAUUGGAAAAAAAAAUUUUUUAAGUUAGCCUCAUCAAGAUAUGGCAGUUGUCAUAUCUUGAAUUUGAUGCUGAAAUAAUUGUCCUUUCGCCGAUUAAUGAGUCCAAGUUUAGUCAUUGGAAGCCCAUUCACCAAGACGGGCCCGUCGAACCGCCGCAGCCUUCCUCGGCCGCUCCCCCUCCCACCUGCCAACGUCAGCACCAUUCUUCACAGAGCUGCUCCUGCCUCUCCCAACAGAGCUGUCAGGUGCACAAACCCAAGGAGAAGUCGUUGUAUCGGCGCCGCUAUUCGAGCGCCACGGAGGAGCGCUCGCUGAAAGUGAUUGCAGAUGGCCGCGACGACGCCGAAACGGCCGCAUCGGAAGACGCGCAAGCUGAGAAGGAGCGGCGACGCUCCGCCGGCGCCAACGUCCACCAGAGCCCCAUUCUGAUCAACUCUUCCUCGACGUUCUCGCAUUCCCUCAGCCCUUCGCCCUUCGCCAAAUCCCCCAGCGUUGUCGCCAAAUCCCCAUCGCCUUCGGUGGCGUUCAGUUUGCACGAAGAGCCCGAAGACGGCGAACCUCAGAGUCCGCCGGAAAGCGAAGCGAAAGCAAGGACUGCGGCGUCGAUAGAUACGUGGACGACCGAGGACGGGAUUGUUUAUAAUAAAAGGGAACUGGACAGGGACAAGGCGUUGCAACGGAUCGACGAAUGGAGUUUCCCGGUCUUUGAUCUUGCCGAAGCCUACAAAACCACCGUUCUCAGCAGAGUAGGCACUAAUUUUCAUAAUUUUUGGCAAAAAAUAUUUGUUGAGAUUUUGUUUUUUUUAUUUAAAAAUUAAUCACAUGAAAUUUCAGAUCACUUAUGCCGUGUUUAAGCAAGCCGAUCUCUUCAACAUUUUCAAGAUUUCACCUCAAAAGUUUUUUAAUUUUUUCCACGCACUUGAAAUGGGUUACUGGGAAAUUCCAUGUAAGUACUUUGACUGCACGUAAAUCCCUUACUCUGAAUUGGUCUUUGAAACAAAUUACACAUGGGCAACAGAAUCAGACAUCUGUUAUUUUAAUUAAUUGAUAUUAGGAUUUUGACUACCUAACAUUUGUAAAAUCAAAAAAAGUUGGUUUUUCAAAAUGGCUGUUUUCGAAAAAAAUUUUUUUGCCGAGAUUCGAAACGGAAUAUCCGUAAAACGCUUUUCUCUGGUCAGUCUCUCUUUAUUUCCCUAAUCUUUCGCCAAAAAUUUUUUUUCUCUUGGCUCUCCGUGAAAAGCAUUAGCUAAUUUUUUAAGAUUUUGUAAAUGCUUAGUCCAAAUUUUAAGAAAAUCUUGGCGUCAUUCUUUGAGCGCUGAGAUUCCUUUUCAAUUUCUUGAUCAGUUUUGUCCGAAAUGUUUUGUAAUGUCAGAAAGCCUUUUCCAUAAUGUUUUCCUGGCUUCAGAUCACAACCGUAUCCAUGCGGCGGACGUUCUGCAUGGCUGUCACUACCUAACCUGUCAUCCCGUGAAUGCUUUCCACCCCACGCCCAGCACUCCGGAUGAGGAGAUCGCCGAAGGAAUGGAGGACUUGAACAUUGACAGUCUCUUCGACUCCUCAUCUAUCUCCAUCGCGUCCACGAUGAAUGGCCUCGAGUUGAUGGCGCUCUAUACGGCCGCAGCGAUGCAUGACUUUGACCAUCCGGGCCGAACGAAUGCUUUUUUGGUCGCGGCCGAGGACAAAAAGGCAAUUUUGUAUAACGACCGCUCCGUUCUGGAGAACCACCAUGCCGCGGAGUCGUGGAAAUUGCUGAGCAAACCGGAAAACAACUUUAUCGAUGUGCUGGAUGCGGCAGAAACCAAAAGAUUCCGCUAUUUGGUGCUCGAAUACAUCCUCGCGACCGACCUGAAACAACAUUUCGAUAUCAUUAUGUCCUUCAACGACAAAGCAGGCGACAUGGAUCUGAGCAACGAGGCGGACAGAGUGCUGGUUUCCCAGAUGCUCAUCAAAUUCGCUGACAUUAACAGUCCCGCCAAACCUUACACAUUGCAUCGUCAAUGGACAGACCGGAUCUGUCAGGAAUUUUAUGAGCAGGGCGAUGAGGAGAAGGUCCGGAAUAUGCCCGUUUCCCCGUACAUGGACAGGAAUGAGCCUGCGGUCGCGAAGCUCCAGGACAGUUUUAUCGCCCAUAUUGUGAAUCCACUGGUAAUCGCCCUAAAUGAAGCCGGACUAUUGCCAAGUAUGCCUGGGUUGGAGGAUCCUGGUAAGUGGACUUUACUCAUACAUAUGGGGCUCUGAGAUUGAUUUUCAAGUUAAGAAACUUUACUCUCCAUGUCUCAUAAAUUUAAAUUUAAAAAAAUAUGUCAUGAAAGGCAACCGAGAACGAUCUUUCUGACGGGAGAGUACGUAAAGAGAGGAGGGAAGAUCAGAGAAAAAAAAAGUUUUCGCUUAUGAACUUUUCAUUUUUGUCCAACAAAAAGUUGCGCUUUAUAGAAAAAUUUUGAUCCUUACGUAUCUCUAAAGUUUUGGCAAGAAAUCGCAGCAAGAAUUGAUUUUGUGCCAGUUUCUGACCGAAACCUCUCGACUGAUCCUGCGAAGCGCAAGCUAAAAAUCUACAAGGCCCGUUAGAAAAUGUUGUCAGAUUUCGUCAAAAUCAAUGUUUAAUUUUUUGAAUAUUUCUACCCUGCCUUACUAGUUAGUUAGGGCCUUACAUCAUCUCGUUCACAUGCCUUUCUCUCAGUUUCCUGUUUGUUUUUUUCGUAUUUUUGUUGAUUCAGCACUCUUACAAUAGAGCCGUUCAAGUUCAAACAAACCGAAAAACAGCCUCACGAGACCCCAGAUUACGGCCCCAUAACACCAUUUCCCAACUGAUAACAGGAAAUGAACCGAUAACUGACUUUUACAAUGCUUUGCAUACCUUUCGUACUUUCAGAGGUCAUCAUCAACCUAAAACACAACCAUCAGAAAUGGCUGACCGAGAUCGAAGAACACAAUCCGCAGGAAGAGGAGCCCAAGGAAGAGCAGGGGCAGGACUUUGGGAGUGCCUCAACCACCACAGCAACCGCCUUCGAGAACGAUAAAAUGAUCUACAGCAUGAAGGAGGUGGAGAAAAAGGAGGAUUUGGUGAUGAACGGGGCUUGCGACAAGGGCGAUAAUGAGAUCCUCGGACGUUUUGAGGUAGGUGGAAGGUGUGGUGGAGGGGAUCGGGCUGGGUCGAGGGGUUGGGAGAUGGAUAAUAAUAUUUCUUUUUAUCUUUACCGUGAUAAAAAGGUCGCUUUUUUGAUUUUUUUGGAAUUUUUAAGGUUUAUAAAGUCAUCCCAAUUCCGUCUUUGCAGGUGAUAGACCAAUAUUUUUGUAUUAAAAACCAAUAUUAUCCGCCUCCCGACAUUCUCGAUCCCCAGCUGGCUGUUCGGUGGCACAAUAAAUGUUGUAACACCUAUUUUUGAUUUUCAUUUCGGUAGUCGAUGGUUUCAGUAGCCCUCCUUUUCUCUUCUGGUGUGUGAUGUGAACUCUUCUCUCUUCGUGGACAGCACCGGCGCCUUUUUCUCUAAUUUCCCUCCUUUUUUCCACACACUUUUUCCAAAAAAAUUGAAAAAAUCGAAAAAAAUCCGAUCUUUCUUCCGCAGAAGACCCUGAACGGAACACGGAAGUAUUUCUCGGCCAUGCUUCGCCUCUUGCCCCAGCCCAAGGCGGCCGAAGACACGGAGGGGACGCGGUCGGUCCGGACAUAGAUCCCCCCUCACCCCGCCCCGACACAUCCGCCCAGGUUGGUAUCGUUUUUUGAGCCGUGUGUGAGCUUUGGUCAGUUUUGUUCCGCAAGAUGGGGCCAUUGGCCCACCUUUUCCCUUCGUUUUUAGCAAAAACAUUGCACUUUACACCAAAAUUGAAAAAAAAAUAUAUGGAAAUUGUUUAGAAAAGCAGAGUAAUGAAUAAUAUAUUAAGAAAGACAAAGGAGAAUACGUAUUCGUAAUAUUCUCCUUGGUUUGGCUGUUCUCUGUCCCCCGGUAUUAGAUAUUAUCUUAUCCCUUUUCGAAAAAUUUCUUAAUCAUGCUGUAAUAGCCGUUUUUUAACUGUUAACAUUGUUGUAAAAAAAUUGGGGCGAUUCCAGAAGUCACUUAUCCUCAAUCUCUGCAUGCUUUCACAUUUAAAAAACUUUUUCGAUGAUUUUUUCAAAGUCCAAAAAUGUUCGAAAUUUCAAAAUGCUUCCAAAAAUUUGCAUAAAUCUUGCUGCUUAGCCCUCUUGUUAGGAACAGUUCGCCUUUCGCUUUUAUGCAACUUUUUAAACCCAAUCUGAGCCAAUGACCUUAUUCUAGACCCCUUAAAUGUAACUAACACCCUACAGCAAUGUUUACCCCCGUUAACACUUCCAUUUUCAGGAUCGGGCUGUAAUUUGUGCUUUCACUGCCUUCGAAGGGGUUCGCGAAGAGUUCCUUUAA